GGACGCCGCCCAGCUGCGAUCCGGGUGGUUGCCGGAUUCUGGAUGUAAAAGUGGGGAUAUCCCCAGCCUGAGAUGACGUCAGCUCUUUCUCCCUUUGGAAGAUGUAAGCAACUGUGAACUGAUUGUACGACCCUCCUGGCCUCCAGGACAAGCCGCUAGAAAAUCCCUCGCCUCCGACACGGAACAACAGUACAUCUGAAACCUCACCAUUUUGGCUGACAAACGUUUCCAGGAGAAAGCUGAUCUUCUGAGGAAUACGGUCCCGCUGACGGAGUGAAUUCAUUUACCCAAGCCGUGGGCCAGAUGUCUGCCACCAAAGCACCGAUCUACCUGAAACGGGGAAGCCGGCGAGGAAAGAAGGAGAAACUCCGGGACAUCCUGUCCUCGGACAUGAUCAGCCCGCCUCUGGGGGAUUUCCGGCACACGAUCCACAUUGGGAGCGGUGGGGAGAACGACAUGUUUGGUGACAUUUCUUUCCUGCAAGGGAAGUUCCACCUCUUGCCGAGGUCGGAGAGCAACCUGGCUUCGGACGGGAGCGGCCAUUACGUGGUGCCCUUUGAGUUCUCGCGGACUGCCACCAUCUCCGGCUACGAGGCCCCGCCGAUGGAGAUUCCAUCGCCUCUCCUGAAGAACGCCAUCUCUCUCCCGGUCAUCGGAGGGCUGCAGGCCCUCACCUUGCCUUCCGCUCAAGCCCCGCCCAAGCCACCACGCCUCCACCUGGAUGACCGAGCCCCUCCCCAGGCGACGGACCCUCCCGUGCUGGAUCCGGCGCACAGCGGCCGGACGUCGGAGCCCCUCCACGCCCCCAACGGCAAGUGCGCGGCCCCUCUGAACGGGUUCACCGAGGGAGAGAAGCAAGACGAGGCUUUCCUGACCCACGCGGGCUCUCUGCUCUCCUUGCACGUGGACCUGGGGCCGUCGAUUUUGGACGACGUGCUCCAGGUGAUGGAUAAGCACCAAACCAGGGACGGGGCCGCUCCGCUGCAGGACGACGGCAGGCGGCAAAUCCUGACGUGACGCGGCGGACAGGACUUGUGACUUUGAAAGCACGGCGCUUUGUAAAUAAGGGUGUGCGUUGCCGUUAAAUGGACCACUGACACUGGGUGAUUGUGGUCUGUGUGUGUGUGGAUGUGUGAGUGUGAGAUCCUUGGGUACUGCUUCACUAAUAAUACCAUGAACGUCACAUUUUCCACGCGUGGCUUAUGGACUGUGCCUUUUUCUCCCACUGAUGCGCUCUGUGUGUCAGCGGAGGCUGUGAUCGGGGUGGCUCCGCUCUCUUUUCUUCUCUCGGAAAGCUCUCCGCUAGCUGCUCCCUGCACGCUACUGAAACCUGUAUAGAAACAAAGCAAUAAAUUUGUGAGCAUUUGUGA